UACUGGUUUCUCGUAACUAGAGCAUCACGCACCUCAGUCCAGCUUUGUUGAAUUUCUGGAGGACAGAUGGAUGGUUAUGAAGAUAAAUCUGACAUGUUUUGAAAGAAUUUGCUUAUUUACAAGUCUGUAAGAUGGGUAAAAGGGAUAAAGGAGACCGUGAAAAGAGGCCCAAAAAGCGUUUCUAUGAGGAGGAAGAAGAUGAAGAAGAGGUGGUGGGAGGCGAGUCUCAGGAGGCCAUACCUGCUGCUGCAGGGAAACAAGUGGAUGAGUCCAGUACAAAACUGGAUGAGUAUGGAGCCAAAGACUACCGUGUUCAGAUGUUGCUAAAGAAUGAUCAUUCUUCACGGCCCCUCUGGGUGGCUCCAGAUGGACACAUUUUUCUGGAAGCCUUCUCACCAGUGUAUAAGUACGCCCAGGAUUUCUUGGUGGCCAUUGCAGAACCAGUGUGCAGGCCUAACUACAUCCAUGAGUACAAGCUGACGGCUUACUCCCUGUAUGCAGCUGUCAGUGUGGGGCUGCAGACCUCUGAUAUUGUGGAGUACCUGCAGAAACUCAGCAAGACAUCUGUACCUGAUGGAAUUGUGCAGUUCAUUAAGCUCUGCACAGUGAGCUAUGGCAAAGUCAAGUUGGUGCUCAAGCACAAUAGGUAUUUUGUUGAGAGUGCCUUCCCUGAUGUGAUCCAGCGCCUUCUGCAGGACAACGUGAUCCGUGAAUGUCGUCUCCGUACUGCAGAUGGAGCAGACACUGAGCUUAUUACUGAAGUCAUCCACAGCAAGUCAGCGAUCUCCAAGUCUGGUCAGGAAAAGGGAGGCACUUCCACCUCACAGCAGCCCAGCGAGGGACAAACCUCAACCCAGCAGGUCCCCGAGGACAUUUUCAGCUACUAUGAGCAAAUGGAUAAAGAAGAGGAGGAGGAGGAGGAGACUCAGACUGUGUCCUUUGAGAUUCGCCAGGAGAUGAUUGAAGAACUACAGAAGCGCUGUAUUCAGCUGGAGUACCCCCUCCUAGCAGAGUAUGACUUUCGCAAUGAUACUGUCAACCCAGACAUCAACAUAGACCUGAAGCCCACUGCUGUGUUGCGGCCCUACCAGGAAAAGAGUCUGCGCAAGAUGUUUGGAAAUGGACGCGCUCGUUCCGGGGUCAUCGUGCUGCCCUGCGGAGCUGGCAAAUCGCUGGUGGGCGUGACAGCGGCGUGCACGGUGCGUAAACGCUGCCUGGUGUUGGGUAACUCCUCUGUGUCAGUGGAGCAAUGGAAGGCCCAGUUCAAAAUGUGGUCCACUAUUGAUGACUCUCUGAUCUGCCGCUUCACCUCCGACGCCAAGGACAAACCCAUCGGUUGCUCGGUGGCCAUCAGCACCUAUUCUAUGCUGGGUCACACCACCAAGCGCUCCUGGGAGGCUGAGAGGGUCAUGGAGUGGAUGCGGAGCCAGGAGUGGGGACUCAUUAUCCUGGAUGAGGUGCACACUAUCCCUGCCAAGAUGUUUCGUCGUGUUCUAACCAUUGUCCAGGCUCACUGCAAACUGGGGCUCACUGCCACACUGGUCAGGGAAGAUGACAAGAUUGUGGACCUCAACUUCCUAAUUGGGCCUAAGCUGUUCGAGGCCAACUGGAUGGAACUGCAGAACAAUGGCUACAUUGCCAAAGUCCAGUGCGCAGAGGUGUGGUGCCCGAUGUCUCCCGAGUUUUACAGAGAAUAUGUGGCCAUUAAGACGAAGAAGCGCAUCCUUCUCUAUACUAUGAACCCCAAUAAGUUCCGUGCUUGCCAGUUUCUCAUUCGCUUUCAUGAGCGGCGCAAUGACAAGAUCAUUGUCUUUGCUGACAACGUGUUUGCCUUGAAGGAAUACGCCAUUCGCCUCAACAAGCCUUACAUCUAUGGUCCAACCUCUCAGGGAGAACGUAUGCAGAUUUUACAGAACUUCAAACACAACCCCAAGAUCAACACCAUUUUCAUCUCCAAGGUUGGAGACACCUCGUUUGACUUGCCAGAAGCCAAUGUUUUGAUCCAGAUCUCUUCCCACGGUGGAUCACGCAGACAGGAGGCCCAGAGGCUUGGGAGAGUCUUACGAGCCAAGAAAGGAAUGGUAGCAGAGGAGUACAAUGCGUACUUCUAUUCACUGGUGUCCCAGGACACACAGGAGAUGGCUUACUCCACCAAGAGGCAGAGGUUCCUGGUGGACCAAGGAUACAGCUUUAAGGUCAUCACAAAGUUGGCAGGUAUGGAGGAAGAGGACUUAAUGUUCUCCAGCAGAGAUGAUCAACAGCAGCUGCUUCAGAAGGUCCUUGCUGCUUCAGACCUGGAUGCUGAGGAGGAAGUGGUGGCAGGGGAGGUGGGCACACGACCACAGUUCUCAAGGCGAGCAGGCACCAUGAGCUCCAUGUCAGGUGCAGAUGACACUGUCUACAUGGAAUAUCAAAGCCGAAGCAGCAGAGCCUCUGCGUUGGCCAAGAGCGUUCAUCCACUGUUCAAGCGCUUCAGAAAGUAGAUGCACUGACUCAGACCCUGACACCUAAAGACUUCUUCAGUUGCAAUAGGGCAAUAGGACGAAGUGUAUACUGAGGCUAAGCAUCAGACUACUAGCAGCAGGUUCAGGUAGUCCAGCUGGUCUGGAGAAGAAAGCAAUGACCUGAAACUGAAUAUUGUCUUAAGUUAAUGAAGAUAUACUGAAUAUUGCUUCCUCCUGGUAGCCGCUGGUGAUGUUGGUUGAAUUGACCUUUAUAACUGGUACAUCUGAUAAGGAUACAGGGAACGGUGCCUGUAGGUGCGGGAUGAACCUCAAACGCCUACAUGCACAACAUUUGCAGAUGAAACAUCUGACAAACAUUGCAAACGCUGUCCAAGUGUCAACUACUGUUUAAAAAAAAAAAAGUUUGCUUUUGUGUCAUUUUUUAUAUCUGUGUUGCAUUGCAGAGAUGCAGCUCGCCAAUCAUGGCCUGCUCUGAAACAAAAUUAGGUGUUGUUUAUGAUAUUCAAGCUAGAUUACACAACACUUAAGGGCUGUUUGCAGUAAAUUUCAGCCACAGAUGUCUGCAUGUAAGAUGAGAGUAAAUGGCUACUGGAGUAUGGAUCAGAUACAGAUACAGAUAAGCAAAAUUAGCGCUUGAAGUAACUAAAGAUCAGCUCUCAGUCAUUUAACAGUGAAUGGAAUAGCCUGUGUUGUAUCUGCUGCUGGUGGUUGAUUCACUGAGAAAAAUAUUUGAGGAGGAAAAUUAUUUUUUAGUGGACUUCUGUCAGUACAGCUUUUUGUAAAUGUGGCUACAUUUUACACAUUAAAACAUCACAAAUCUG